AUGGCAGACUCGUAUACACCGCCUGCAGAGAUUGCUGCUUUGGUAGCAAAUGUGAACAAGGCUGCGGCUGGGUUCGAAGCUGCUGUUGGAGGUGAUCUCCACGUUGCUCGCCGCAAUCUGCAGUUGGAAGCUCAAAAGCUUUUGUAUUCUCUGGAAGAGCCAAAUAUUGAAGUUUGGCCUCGUAUUUUUCAGGUCAAUGUCAGUACCGCAGUUGAGAUACUUUCCAAUCUUGGACUAUGGGAGAAAUUCGAGGGAGGAAAGACCGUCUCAAUGGCCGAGCUAUUGGAGCUCACCAAAGCAGACGAGAUCAUAAUCAUCCGUGUCUUCCGUCAGUUGACAGCCGCGCACAUAUUCGUUGAAUCGCCAGCUGGUUUCACUCUCACCCCUCUCGGAUUACCGUACCUCAACCCCGACCACCGCGCCUUCAACAACUUGAUGUUCUUCGACAUCAUCCCCGCAAUCAUGGCCAUGCCACGAACGCUAGCAGAACACGGAUACAAAGCCCCCACAAAAGAGAGCGGGACCCCGUAUAAAUGGGCACACGGCGAGGAACUCUGGACGUGGCUUGGCUCCCACCCUGAUCGAGCACUCAACAUGGUUGCAGGAAUGCGAUCCCACAACGCUGGAAAUGUAUCCGGAGACGCUUACCCAUGGGGUACUGAGCUCGGCAAGCUGAAUAUAAAAGAUGGCGAGGUUGCCGUUGUGGAUAUUGCUGGCGGACAAGGCCACAUUAUGGAAGAAGUCCGGAAACGAAACCCAGAGAUCAAGGGAAAGUUUAUCGUCCAGGAUUUACAGUCGACUUUCGAUGCUGUUUCUGGCCCGCCUGAAGGAGUGGAGUUUAUGGCGCAUGAUAUCUUCACUCCCCAGCCGGUCAAGGAUGCGUAUAUCUACUACUAUCGCCAUAUCUUCCAUGAUUGGAGUGAUGCCGAUUGUACGACAUUCUUGGGACAGGUAGUGCCUUUACUGAAGGCUCAGCCGAAGAGUAAGCUACUCUUGGUGGAUCUUGUGCUGCCAGAUACGAAUGCUACGAUGCAAGAUGCGGUCAGAGAUCUUUCCAUGUUUCCAAUUGGAGGACUGGAGAGGAAUGAAAGCCAGUGGACAGAACUACUGGCUAAGAGUGGGCUUAAGAUUAAGAAGAUAUGGAGAGGAAGUGAGCCUGAGGCAUGUGUUGAGUGCGAACUGUUGUAG